UGACGCCAUACGCUGGGGCGGGGCCGAGAGUUUGGUGCCCCGGAGCGGGGUGUAGGUGUCUCAUUCGGGUGGAGCUGAGCCGGAGAGAGGUAGUCGGGAAAGAUUUCAGGACAAAAAUGUUUCAUUUAAGGACUUGUGCUGCUAAGUUGAGGCCGUUGACGGCUUCCCAGACUAUUAAGACAUUUUCACAAAACAAACCAGCAGCAAUUAGGACGUUUCAACAGAUUCGGUGCUAUUCUGCACCUGUCGCUGCUGAACCUUUUCUGAGUGGAACUAGUUCGAACUAUGUGGAGGAGAUGUAUUGUGCUUGGCUGGAGAAUCCCAAAAGUGUACAUAAGUCAUGGGAUAUUUUUUUCCGCAACACCAAUGCUGGAGCUCCCCCGGGCACUGCCUACCAAAGCCCCCUUUCCCUGAGCCGAGGCUCCCUGGCUACCGUGGCCCACGCACAAUCCCUGGUGGAUGCACAACCCAACGUCGACAAGCUUGUAGAGGACCACCUGGCGGUACAAUCUCUCAUCAGGGCAUAUCAGAUACGAGGGCACCAUGUAGCACAGCUGGACCCCCUGGGGAUUUUGGAUGCUGAUCUGGACUCCUCCGUGCCCGCUGACAUUAUCUCAUCCACAGACAAACUUGGGUUCUAUGGCCUGGAUGAGUCUGACCUCGACAAGGUCUUCCACUUACCCACUACUACUUUCAUCGGUGGACAGGAGUCAGCACUUCCUCUGCGGGAAAUCAUCCGUCGACUGGAGAUGGCCUACUGCCAGCACAUUGGAGUGGAAUUCAUGUUCAUUAAUGACUUAGAGCAAUGCCAGUGGAUCAGGCAGAAGUUUGAGACCCCUGGAAUCAUGCAGUUCACCAAUGAGGAGAAACGGACCCUGCUGGCCAGGCUUGUGCGGUCCACGAGGUUUGAGGAAUUCUUGCACCGAAAGUGGUCUUCAGAGAAGCGCUUUGGUCUAGAAGGCUGUGAAGUGUUGAUCCCCGCCCUUAAGACCAUCAUCGACAAGUCGAGUGAGAAUGGAGUGGACUAUGUAAUAAUGGGAAUGCCACACAGGGGACGGCUGAACGUGCUUGCAAAUGUCAUCAGGAAGGAGUUGGAGCAGAUUUUUUGUCAGUUCGAUUCAAAGCUGGAGGCAGCGGAUGAGGGUUCCGGAGACAUGAAGUAUCACCUGGGCAUGUAUCACCGCAGGAUCAAUCGGGUGACUGACCGAAAUAUCACCCUGUCCCUGGUGGCAAACCCUUCCCAUCUGGAGGCUGCUGAUCCUGUGGUCAUGGGCAAGACCAAAGCUGAGCAGUUCUAUUGUGGAGACACUGAAGGGAAAAAGGUAAUGUCCAUCCUCCUGCAUGGGGAUGCUGCCUUUGCUGGCCAAGGCAUUGUGUACGAGACCUUCCACCUCAGCGAUCUGCCAUCCUACACCACCCAUGGCACCGUGCAUGUGGUCGUCAACAACCAGAUUGGCUUCACCACAGACCCUCGGAUGGCCCGUUCCUCCCCCUACCCCACUGAUGUAGCACGUGUGGUGAAUGCCCCCAUUUUCCAUGUGAACGCAGAUGACCCUGAAGCUGUCAUGUAUGUGUGCAAGGUGGCAGCUGAGUGGAGAAGCACCUUCCACAAGGAUGUGGUUGUUGAUCUGGUAUGUUACCGGCGCAACGGCCACAACGAGAUGGAUGAGCCCAUGUUCACACAGCCUCUUAUGUACAAGCAGAUCCGCAAGCAGAAACCUGUGCUACAGAAGUAUGCAGAGCUGCUAGUGUCCCAGGGUGUGGUCAACCAGCCUGAAUAUGAGGAGGAAAUCUCCAAGUAUGACAAGAUUUGUGAGGAAGCAUUUACCAGAUCCAAAGAUGAGAAGAUACUGCACAUCAAGCACUGGCUUGACUCCCCCUGGCCUGGCUUUUUCACACUGGAUGGGCAGCCCAGGAGCAUGUCCUGCCCCUCCACUGGCCUGGAGGAAGAUGUUCUGACCCAUAUUGGGAAUGUGGCCAGCUCUGUGCCUGUGGAGAACUUCACCAUCCAUGGAGGGCUGAGUCGGAUCUUGAAGACUCGCAAGGAGCUAGUGACAAACCGGACUGUGGAUUGGGCUCUGGCAGAGUACAUGGCAUUCGGUUCACUCCUGAAGGAGGGUAUCCAUGUCCGGCUGAGUGGCCAGGAUGUGGAGCGGGGCACCUUCAGCCACCGCCACCAUGUGCUCCAUGACCAGAAUGUGGACAAGAGAACCUGCAUCCCCAUGAACCACCUCUGGCCCAAUCAGGCUCCCUACACUGUGUGCAACAGCUCACUGUCUGAAUAUGGUGUCCUGGGCUUUGAGCUGGGCUUUGCCAUGGCUAGCCCUAAUGCGCUGGUCCUCUGGGAGGCCCAGUUUGGUGACUUCAACAACAUGGCCCAGUGUAUCAUUGAUCAGUUUAUCUGCCCAGGGCAGGCUAAGUGGGUACGACAGAAUGGCAUUGUGUUGCUUCUGCCUCAUGGCAUGGAGGGCAUGGGUCCAGAACAUUCCUCUGCCCGCCCAGAGCGUUUCCUGCAAAUGUGCAAUGACGACCCAGAUGUCCUGCCAGACCUUAUGGAAUCCAACUUUGACAUCAAUCAGCUGUAUGACUGCAAUUGGGUAGUUGUCAACUGCUCUACUCCGGGCAACUUCUUCCAUGUGCUUCGACGGCAGAUCCUGUUGCCCUUCCGGAAGCCGUUAAUCAUCUUUACCCCCAAAUCCCUGCUGCGCCACCCUGAGGCCAGAACCAACUUUGAUGAGAUGCUUCCAGGAACCCACUUUCAGCGGGUGAUCCCAGAAGAUGGCCCUGCAGCUCAGGCCCCAGACAAAGUCAAGAGGCUUCUCUUCUGCACUGGCAAGGUGUACUAUGACCUCACCCGAGAGCGCAAGGCAAGGGACAUGGCAGAGCAGGUGGCCAUUACAAGGAUUGAACAGCUGUCACCAUUCCCCUUCGACCUCCUGCUGAAGGAGGUGCAGAAGUACCCUAAUGCUGAGCUGGCCUGGUGCCAGGAAGAACACAAGAACCAAGGCUACUACGACUAUGUGAAGCCAAGACUUCGGACCACCAUCGACCGCGCCAAGCCUGUCUGGUAUGCUGGCCGGGAUCCAGCAGCUGCUCCAGCUACUGGCAACAAGAAAACCCAUCUGACGGAGCUGCAGCGCUUCCUGGACACAGCCUUUGAUCUGGACGCCUUCAAAAAAUUCUCUUAGACGCUCCAGGGGUUACUUGGGCCACAGACCCCCCACACACAUCCAUGAUGCCCAUUGCUUCUCAACUAAAGAAUAGUGCCUCAGCGCUGCCCACACCUCUGCCCCUCUCGCUGUGCCGCACACCACCACCCAGCCCUGCUCUCAUAGGAAUUAGACUGUUGUCCCCCUUGAGUGCUUUGCUGACCCUCCCCCACUCCAGAUGCUGUCCAGCCUGUGCAGACUUCUCAAGCUGAGCAGCUUUCGUGGAGGCAGGGGGAACGGGAGAAGGAAAGGGAGCCCCACAGGAUGACCCUUGGGGAGGGUCAGCUCUAAUCAAGCCCCUCCCCACCAUAUCAUCUCUGAAGCAGAAGCAGGACCUCAGGUGACUUCCCAGGGUGCUGGAGUCUUUGUCACCCAACAAGGCACAGAUCCUGCACUGGGACUAGGAGUUGCUUUGCUUACUGGGGCCUGACCUAAUAUAUUAAGCCCCAGAGGAAUCAUAGCUGGCAUGGUAGGCCUCAGCCUUGGGGUGAGAUGAGGAUAACAGGGAAGUGGGGGAGCCCUCGACCUGACCUGGCACAGUGGGGUUAGGUUCAAUUGUGCAGUGACCAUCUCGGCUGCCUUUCCCUUCAAGGGUUCUGGGCUAUGCAUGGGGGUCAUGCCCCACCCAUGCUGCCCGGGGCCAGGCAGCCCCUGGAGCCCACAGACACCCUGUAGGGCCAGUAACCCUCUUGGGUCCCACAGUCAGGGCACUGACUGGCUGUAGCUAUUGGUCUUGCUGACCCCAACUUCCUUCUCAGACCCCCCACCCCAAUCACUCCACUUUUGUUUCUGCUCUUUCCCUUAAACACAAUGGAGACUUUCAAUGCAUCCUUUUCUUUUCUGUGCCAAAGCAGGUCAGAGGCAGGAGAGAGGGAUAGGUGAGGGCUGGGUGGGCCAAGGGGCCAGCUGCCCUUUGUUCCUUACUUUGACCUUCACAGGGACAGAUCUGAUUUAUUUAUUUUGGUUAAAAAAGAAAUAAUAACUUUGCAUUGUAUUGGCUUGACCCAUAAACUAAGUUAUCCAUGGACUAUCUGCUGCUGUUCUGUGUGCUCCAACUUCUCCCCAGGGAACAGGCUCAGCCAAGCCUCUCUUAACCUACCUGGGUAGCAGCCCCUCCUUAAUGGAUGGGGAGUGCCAGCCACCACCUGCUCUGCUUCACAGUGCACCAGUGGCCCUGUGCAACCCCUCACAUGAGUAAGGUGUAGAUAAUUGCAGCCUCUUUGAGCCUUCUCUUCCUUGGGUCCACCUAAACAAAAAGUGCUCUGGGCAUCUGUUUCAGCCAAUAUGCCUGGUAGGCUUAUCUUAUUGACAGUUAUUAGCCCAAACAGCACUUCCUACCUGGAGGUGAGAUCUCAUACCAACACAAAUUCAGGGUUCCACCUGGUAAAGAGCCCAGUCUCCAGCCCUUACCAAGCAAGCCAAGCCCUGGCCUGCCAUGGGGUCCUGGACCCAGCACCUUGCUCGCUAGGUAGUACCUGUCCUGACCCUUGCCCUGUCACCUCUUCAGAAUCUUAUUUCUCCUGCUAUCCUCUUGCAGUGUGACUCAAGGAUCUUGCAAUCACAGCAUGACUGGCAACUGUACCAGGAAAAACAGGUUCCUGGUAUGGGAACAGCUGCCCUAUCUGCAGAACUACAAAGGUCAGGGUACUCCUUUGCAUCUGGCUGUGGUCAUCAUAUACUCCCUGUAUCUGACAUGGUCCACAGGCAAGGGUGGAUCAGAUGUACAUAAGCUGCCCUGGGCCUGGAAAGAUUUCUGGCCUGAGUCCUACAGAGGAUCAUGACAUUCACCAGACUCCAUCCUCUGUCUGGGUGUUGGGCCUAAGGCAGUUGCCACAGCCAAGGUGGGGCUCACCUUUCAGGCUGGCAGGGAUGUAAGACAUCACAUGAACAGAGCCUAGACUGAUUCUGAGGGCCUGAGAACAUUUCUCAGAAAGGGGCUCAGGUUGAUUACUGAAGCAGCUCAGUGUGGUGACCCUUAGAUCACUGACCACAGGCCCUUCCAAUUGGAAUUACUGGAGUAAGCAGGGGAAUCUCAAUGAGUUCUCUACAUGUGGGUCUGCAGCCCUGAAUACGCAAGAAGAGAACUUGGUAAGAGCUCCGGAGAGACUGGGGACUGUCAGGCCAUACAGUCAGAUGCCAUUGCUGAUGGAUUUUACUGCUGAACAGAGUCCUCAACAUUA